AUGCUCCGGUCGUUCGUAAAACAACCAUUUACGACUCUAACGCCAUCCAAAUGCAUUUCCAAACGGAACUUCACUAUCAAAAGCCCACCAUCUUCUCAAAAUCCUAUUAGCACCACUAUCUCCUCACGCACCUUCAAUUCCAAGGAAUGUCGUCGAGCAAUGUUCUUCCCUGCUCAUACUUCCAAUCACGCAUUCACCAGAACCUUCAAAGUCUACUCCUUGUAUUCACAACUUCCAGUUGCUACGACCAAGGCCCCGGCUUAUCUCUCAAUUCCCAAAGUAAACGGUAUUUCGACUCCUACAUCCUACUACGCAGCCCUUCCUCUAUCUCUCAAUUUCUCAUAUCGAGAUUUGGAGUGCGAGGUUAGGGAUGUGUUAAGAGAGCCUUGUAGGCUUGCAAUACAGAGACGGGAUAGUAGGGGGAAGGAUGGGGAUAUGGCAGGGAAGAAGAAGGAGGAAAUGGGAAGAUUGAAGCUUGAUAUCACGAUUAUUUAG